AUGUCUGCAAUUUCCAAAAGUUCAGACAAAGAAAUGAAAAGAACUUUUGAGCUGAAAUAUACAUUCAUUUCAAGAUCAAAAGAAGGUUAUCAAAAUUUUGUUUCUACAAUCUACAUUACUUAGUUUGUUAAAUGUGUGUUUUUCUUUUUAUUUUACAAACCUAACAAUGCUGCUGCUGUUAUCGGUGCUGUUUUGCAUGUUGCCUGGCCUAUCAGUAGGAUUCAUCUUAGACGAUGUCUCCACAACAAAAGGUACAACAGUGACAAAGCAUGCACAAGACACAUGCAGUAUUGACAUGUUCAAGAAUUGUUUAGCUGAAUCUGCCUCCAUUUUUAACGUCACAGAAAACGGCGAAAUAACCUUGAAUAGAGAGGGUUUAAUGAAUUACUUAUGUGGUUCAGAAGCUUCAGAAACCUUUCAAUGCUACAAGGACCAUUUAGAUACAACAUGUGGCCCAGGCACUUUUGCUUACACCGUAAACAAAACACUCGCUGGUAGUCUACCUGAUUUCUAUUACAACAAAUUGUGUCGCAAUAACACAGAUUAUUACGAGUAUCUUACAUGUCAGACAAUGAUUGUCAAAGUUCGAAGCUAUUAUGAUUGUAUUUCCGGUAUAAUACUGAACAAGACUUAUGAUUAUGCAGAAGACCCUUGCAAUGCCACAAAUGGUGUAAGUGGAUGCAUGUAUAAAUACCUCAAUAUAAUGUGUCCAAAUGCCAUUAAAGCAUACAAAGAGUCCAUCAAUAUUUCAAACAACGUUGGAACUUGUAUGGUUGAUUACGAAAAUAGUCCGGAGGCGAUGUCGUGUGACGGUGACAUGGAGAAGGCGUGUUCCGUGGCUUAUUUACCUCCUCCUUCGAACAGUACAGCUGGUGAACUUACGGAAUUCAUAUGCAGCGGACGAGCAAAAGGAUAUACAACAUGUCUCACGAAAGUGCAAGAAUUGUGUCGUUCUACUAGUAUUGACGUUUCGUCAGUGCUAACGUAUUCUCAAUUCGGUGAACAUGAAAAGGAGAUCAUUUGCGCCGACAAAACCAGUUAUGAAGCUUUAGUGGAAUGUAUGACGAGUAACACCGUAUCAGACGAUUACCUAAAGUGUUCAUUGACAGUUAAGUCCAAUGACACUUGUAGUAACCACACAUGCGUUCUCAAUGCCAUCCACAAGAUGUGCCCAUCCAGUGCAGAAUUCUACAAGCGCCUCUAUAACAAUGCAUUGCAAGCAUGCAAUGAUAAAGCUCUGACCACCACACCAGUUACAGUUGUUAUACCCAUACUUGCUUCAUCGAGCAGUAAUCUAGAAUUAUCGACGCUGGCACUUGUCGUUUUGGUCUGCAAUGCUCUUGUCCAAGUACUUUUCCAGGCUUUACAAGGAAAAAUAUCAGUCUAAUAAAUUGAAACUAUCUCAUCUGAAACAUGCAUAUUGUGAAAAAAAAAAGACUUACAUUUCUGUUUACCAUUUAUACAAUGUAAUUAAAAAAAGCUGAAUUCGUACAACAGAUUGCGUUUGGACGUAGCCACGAGUUUCAGAUAAAAUGUAUAAUCUCUAUCUUUUGGUAAACAAACAUAAACAGAACAGAACAUAACAGAACAUAGUUUUAUUUCAGUAACUUAUACAUAUAAAGUAUCUCGUUACAUACAUACAAUUUAAAAUAUAAUAAUUUCUAGGUCACAUGAUAAACUUAUAAAUACAAGGAUAAAUAUCAAAUCUUAAGUUAGAGAAAAAAACAACAUAUAGCAUAUUGAGGUCAUAUUUGAUGUGUGGAGAAUAGACGAAAAUAUAUUUUGCUAUAUCAAUACAUUUUAAAUAUAAUAAUUUCUAGGUCACAUUUCAAACUCAUAAAACAAGGAUAAAUAUCAAAUCUUAAGUAGAGAAAGAAAGAACAUGUUGCAUAUUUAGGUCAUCUUUUAUGUGUGGAGAAUAGACGAAAAUACAUUUUGUUAUAUCAAUACAUACCUGGCAUACUAUCAUACGUUGUGCAUGUUAUACAGGUCAUACAGUACCAAAUAACCCCGAGAAACUUAUCACAAUUAAUUUAUACAUGCAUUAAGAACGCUGAUAAAGUCAAUUGCACUACGGAUGU